AUGCAAGCACCUAAGCGGCUGAAAAAGGGGGCCGAAGUGAAAAUACAGGCGGAAGUGCUUGAGAAAGAUGAGACCGAACUGCGGCUCGAGAAGGCACUCUUCGGAGACGAGGCAGGCUUUCUUGAAUCGCUGAAAAGAGACCAAGUCCAGGACGAUCGGUCGUUGGUGCGGCGCAAGCGUGGAAAGGACGACCAGUCUGAAGAAGAUGAGGCUGAUGGGGGACUGAGCGACGUGGCGGACGGAGACUUGUUUUUUCUCGACUCCGGAGCCGACCGUCUGCCUCCCUCCGUUUCGAAGGAACUCGAACGUACCGAACAGGUGCACACUCACCUACAUCCAGAUGCCGUGUGGCAUGAUAGCGACGAUGACCGAAUAACCGUCUCGCUCGCCUCGAACACUCGACUGCGAAAACUUCGUGACACGGAAGCCGACGACGUGGUUAGUGGGAGAGAAUACAUCCAGAGACUGCGCCGACAGUACGAGAGGCUCCACCCCACGCCGGAGUGGGUAACAUAUGCUAGGAAGAGGAGAAAGCUGUCAUCUCGUUCCGACGAACAUGAUGCAGCGUCAGAUUCAGAUGUGUCCAUGGGCGAGGACACCCUGCCCUCGGCCCAACCACUGGCGGAACUUCUACGAACAGCAGGUUCUCUGACACGGACAGACACCAAGCACCCAGGUGCCAAAGGAGUGCGGAAGUUACGGCCUGAAGUCAUCGACAUCCAGCGCUGCAAGGAUGUGGCGGGCUCAGGCCCUUCGUCUGUCGACACCUUGCAAUUCCACCCCUACUACCCUCUCCUUCUUGCGGCCGGUCCAAGUUCGACAGUCACGCUGUACCACAUCUCGCCCCAACCGCCGAACCCGAACCCGAUUCUGACCUCCCUACACCUGAAAGGCACGCCUCUGCACACGGCAGCCUUCUGCCGGCCGCGAGCACAACCUGCGCCGGACGAUGCGAGCGAAGCACAUGAUCCGACGAAAGUCUUCCUUUCCUCCCGGCGCCGUUAUUUCCAUACUUGGUCGCUGUCCACCGGCACUGUGACCAAAGUGACUCGUGCGCUCUACGGCCAGGCCCGCAAAGAGCAGCGGACAAUGGAAGCCUUCAAGCUCUCCCCCUGCGGCCGCUACAUGGGACUUGUCGGGUCGUCGAAGAAAGGCGGCGGAAGCAUCAAUGUGUUGUCGACGGAGACCAUGCAGUGGCUGUGCAGUUGCCGGAUUGAUUCGCGCGGGGGCGUGGCGGACUUUGCGUGGUGGCGCAAUGGAGACGGGUUUGCAGUGGUGGGCAAGAACGGAGAGGUGAGCGAGUACGACAUCGAGGCGCGGAGGGUCGUCAUGAGAUGGAUGGACGAGGGCGCCGUCGGCACCACCGUCAUUGCGUUGGGCGGCGACGCCGGGCAGCAAUGCCAGGGCGGAAGCCGUUGGGUCGCCGUGGGCUCUUCGAGCGGCGUGGUCAACUUGUACGAUCGGCGCGGGUGGAUGGGGACAGGUGAUCCCGGCGACCACGUCGCCGACAAGGACGACAGGCCUAAGCCCGCCAGGAUGUUCGACCAGCUCACGACGCCGAUCUCGCACCUCGAGUUCUCGCAAGACGGCCAGAUGCUGGUCAUGACGUCGCGCUGGAAGAAGAACGCCCUGAGACUCGCGCACCUCCCGAGCUGCACGUUGUACAGGAACUGGCCGACGGACAAGACGCCUCUGGGUAGGAUCAGCGCCGCCGCUUUGUCCCCAGACGGGAGCUACCUCGCGGUGGGCAACGAGCAAGGGAAGAUCAGACUGUGGGAAAUCCGCGAGUAG